AUGCCACUCAAUAGUAUGCGAACUAGGAAGCCAACAAAGAAGGAUGGGAGGAAGAGAACAUCAUCGACGGUUUCAACUGCAACAACAACAUCAACACAGGCUGGCUCCGUGGAGAGCGUUAAAACCCCAGAGAAAGUUCAGACUUCUGGCCGGACCAUUGGCUCUAAAAAUGUCGUGAAGCCGCAGGCGGCCUCCGAGUCAUCACCACAAUCCGCAGAACCAACAAAGAAAGUCCCCAACGUAUUCGAAUUUCUCGAGGAUAGCGACGUCUCGCCAUCCUCAUCGUCGGAAUCCGAGUCUGAAUCCGAGGACGAGGCUCCUGUUCCCGCCACUCGGACUGCUGUCACUAAGAUCCAGUCACCUAAACCCCGUGCUAGCCCUGUACCGCAUGCACUAUUGGUAUCGAAGGCUGGCACUUCUCCCAAACUAUCGGGGUCAUCUACUGGCGGAACGUCAAGAAUCGCAAGUGACUCUCGGCCGCCACAGGCACCAUCACCUCCAUCCGUCCCUUCUGAAACCCAGUUAGUAUCGCGCAAGCCAUUGUCACCGCCAGCGCGAAAAUCAUCUGCUCCGAAGGACUAUCCUAGCUCCACAGCAGGGUCUCCACCGCCGCCAGGCAAGCGUCAAUUGCAAAUUUCUCGACCGGAGAACUAUUAUAGAGAUGCUGCCUCUAUCCACCGGUCCCCACUGCCACCAUCCCCUCCUAGUAGCCCGGAAGAUAGUAUCCACCGUGCAUUGCAACGAAGAGAUUCAACUGCUUCCCAAGCGACAUCGGGAUAUGGUCUCGUGGCAUCACAUUUGACUCGUUCGCGUGGGGAAGACAAGGGAGCAUUCCCUCCAAUGUACAGACGCUUCGAGAGCUUAAACCAUCGUGUUCUACUCCAUCUCCAAGAUGAGAUUGCACAGAUGGAAGAAGACCUCAAUAUCUUGGAUGAAUACGAAGAAAUGCACCGUGCCGCCGCCGCCGAAAAAGACGGCAAUAAGCCCGUACCUGCAUCUCGCCGAGUAGAUGCCCAGUCUCAAUCUUUCUCAUCGCUGCAUUAUCGGCGUAUGGAUCUGAUGUCGGCUCUGAUUCAAAAGACCGAACAAUACAACAAUGCACUCAGUGCAUACAGUAAAGUCAUUCAGACCCUACCCCGCGCCACAGAAGAUGACAUUCAGAAUUACCGCUCUUGGAUGAAAGAACACAAUCCCAUAGCUGCGGCUGAAACCCGCUUCCUGGACGACGGUGUCGACCUUGUAUCUCUUACACCCCGCCUGGCAGCAUCCGCCGCCGCCGCACCAGUAUACAUGGCUAUAAUCAUAGCCUCUGCUGCUCUUUUACUACCGCUCCUUGCAUUCAGCAUGAUUGCAGAAUUCUCCGGCCGAUUGGUCGUAGUAACAGUCGUUGCCGGUGCCACAGCCGCAAUCGCAGCGAACUAUUCCGCCGGCAUUGAUGCUCUUGUUGACUCAAGAGAUGGCUGGAGAUGUGCUACACUAUAUUUCGGUUUCAUGACCUUCGCCGCAAUGUUCAUUCCAUAG